CGAGAAACUUCACCCAUGUAAAUAACGCCAAUAAAAACUGUGACAAGCCGUAGGCAGCAAUAUAUAACACAGAGCUACAUAUUUAUCUAAUACCAGCUAUUUAAAAAAAGAAAGAAAUAUGCCCCGAAAAAAGCCAUUUAGCAACAAACAGAAGAAGAAACAGCUACAAGUCAAACGGGAGAGAAAGAGAGGUGAUACAGGUUCUGGGCCCAGCAGCCGCAAUGCCAGUGUGGAGCGAGGAGGAGAGCGGCAGUCAGAUACCUCAGACAGUGAGACCACUGAUAUUAGGAGAAUAAAUCAGCAGCCCUUUGGCAGAGAAGGUAGAUAUGAUCCCAACAGGUUUCGACUGCACUUUGAAAAAGAGAGUAAAGAGGAUGUGGAGAAGAGGAAGAAGAUUGCCAGGGAGAAGGUGCUGCAGCCAGUCUCCGACAAGGAACUUGAGAUGGGUAUUAAUGAAACGUACCCCUCAGAGAAAGGUCUUGGUUUCCCACGACGGCCGCCCUGGAAUUAUGAGAUGACACGAGAGAACUUGUUGAAGAAAGAGGAAAAGUCAUACAGAGAGUAUCUGGAUGACCUGCACUCCAGAAACCCACCUGGCUCUCUUAGCCACUUUGAGCACAAUCUGGAGACAUGGAGGCAGCUAUGGAGAGUGUUGGAGAUGUCAGAUGUCAUCCUGCUCAUUGUGGACAUCAGGCACCCAAUGCUGCAGUUCCCUCCAGCCAUUUACCAUUACAUCACUGGAGAGCUCAAGAAGCAGAUGAUCCUGGUGUUGAAUAAAGUUGACCUGUGUCCUCCCCCACUGGUCAUUGCCUGGAAACACUACAUGACCUCUCAGUUCCCCAACCUGCAAAUAGUUUGCUUCACCUCCCAUCGUGGACAGCCCUACAGCACAGUGCUCCAGAAAAAGAGGAUGAGGAGGAAGGCUGACUGGAGUCAAGCUGGAGGUCCCACAGACAUCCUGAAGGCCUGUCAGGAGCUCACAGAAGGGAGAGUGGACCUGUCCAGCUGGGAGCAGAAGAUUCACAGAGAUGCUGUUGCUGAGCAACUGGAUGAGGAGCGGCCAGAAGGAGUGGAGUCUGUGCUAAUGGAGCAUCAAAGUGAUAGUGCUAUGGAGAUAAGCAGACCAUCCCAGGAACUCUACAAAGAUGGAGUUCUCACACUGGGCUGCAUAGGUUUUCCAAAUGUUGGUAAGUCAUCUGUCAUUAACAGCAUGGUUGGGAAGAAGGUGGUGAGCGUGUCUCGAACUCCAGGCCACACCAAAUACUUCCAGACCUACUACCUCGCCCCGACAGUCAAACUCUGUGACUGCCCCGGACUAGUAUUCCCCUCCCGUGUCAAUAAACAGCUACAGAUUGUGGCAGGAAUUUACCCAGUGUCUCAGCUGCAGGAGCCCUACAGCUCAGUUGGUUAUCUGUGUGAGAGAACUCCUUUCCUCUCUGCUCUGAAGCUUAAGCAUCCCAGUUUACAAGAUGAACCUCAGCAAGGAAGCCAGGGGUCUAAAGAGCCCGGCUGGACUGCCUGGGAUGUUUGUGAGGCUUGGGCAGAGAGGAGAGGCUAUAAAACAGCAAAAGCAGCUCGAAAUGAUGUUUACCGUGCAGCAAACAGCCUCCUGAGGUUGGCCAUUGAUGGCAGAUUGUGUCUCUGCCUCAGACCACCUAGUUACAGCUGCCUGAAAGACCAUUGGGAAAAUCACCCAGACUUGCCGGAGAUAAUGGCUGUACAAGGAAGGAUAACGGAGGAGGAAGGGACAAGAGACAGGGAUGAUGAGGACGAUGGAGAGUCCAGCACCGAGCCCGAGGAAGAGAGAGACCGGGACGCAGAUGAUGAUGAGGAUGGAGACGAUGACGAUGAGGGGUUAGGACAACGAAAGCGGAAGGAGGAAAAGCCAUCUGGCUUCACUGUCAACAUGUACAAUGUCCUUCGGGAAAAUGAGUGCGAGUGAUGACGGAGGGGAAAACGAGCAGGAAGAAAUAAUAUGUUCCUCUUUCCUGAUUUCUCCCCGUCGUGCGCUUUUCAUUCCUGUUUUUCCCCUAAAUCUGCAUUCCUUCUCCUUUUUUCUUGCCUCUACACACCUCAUGUCAUCACCUUUUACAUUAACAUGAUCUAUUCUAAUUCAUUCACCCUGUUUCCUUCUCCCGGUAAUAUACAGAGCAUAUUCAUGUACUCCAUGCUGUGCCUCUGCUCUGCCUCUUCAUACAUGACGCUUGUUCUUCACUGUUGCUCUGAGGAAUGGGUUUGGUUUGGUUUUUUGCAUGUUGUUCUCAGAGACGUUUGAACAAGUAACUUCCCUCAGUCUGGAAUAAUCAACCAGCUGGUUUCCAAUCUCUUUAUUGAUAAGUGACCUCACAGCUGAGAUGCCAAAAGGAUGAUAAUAAAAAAAAAUCUGUUGAUAUGAUGUCAUUCACUGGGGCAGCCUUUUGGCUCUCAGAGCAGCUGGAGAUCAACACAACUCUAAAUCGUCUUUAUAGACCAGAGUACAUCAACACUUUGGUUAAGGUGUGUGGGAUGGGAUAUGGGUAAUAAAACCCAAGAUUUCACACACAGUUUUGCUGUAUUAUCUCUGUGUUACAGGUUCAUUUAUCUGACUUAGGGUUUGAUUUAGAUUAUACUGUAUCUGAGAGUGAUAUUUUAUUUUCUGUGGCUCAGUAGUCAGCAGUAAAUUUCACUGGGA